GUUCACCUAAUGGCCACAGCUAACUGCCAACCAAACAAUAAUAAACCGUUGAGAUAGGAUUUUAGGAACUUAUAUCAGCAGGUAAAAUCUAAAUAUAAAACCCACACCAUACAACAACAUUCAUUAGUUUUAACAUGGCCGCUCUCGACAUAACAAGUGCUGUUCAAAGCGUGUUUGAUUUACCGAGUGAUGUACCUUUUAACGUUACUUUAAAACCGUGCAAAAAUGUAACAUUUUUAUCGAUUCUCGACCUUCAGUUCAAUUCAGUGCGAAAACAAUAUGUGACGGUUGAAGCGAUCUGUUCAGAUAAAAUCCAACGGUUUAAAGAUGUUAAAGAGAAUUCUACAUUGCCCCAGGUAUUUACUUUUCAACGUAGUGACACAGAAAAAUAUAUAGCCUUCCAACGAUCGAGUACGGAACCAGAAAGCCUAAUAAGUUAUUUGAAAGAUAUAUUAAAGGCUUUGGCAGAAUAUCAGUCACGAAAUAUACUUUCUGAAGAGACUUUAGUAGAUGAAACGGGUAGUUACAAGUUGCGACAGCUGCUUGACACCACUAGUUCGACAUAUGAAUUUAAGGAUAUCAAGCAAGACACUCUGGAUAAAGCAACGCAAUGUUUAGAACUGGAUGCCGGCAAAGUAUUUAAAUCUGGAUUACUAGUAAACAGUCUUGGUUUUCCUAUAAAUAACAGAGAACAUGUACAGUUAAAAUCUUGGAAUGUACACAGGAUUCCACCAGUAUUCGAUGCUUUAUUAUACAUGUUUGUUUUGAGUAGCGAAAAAUUUCGUCAAAAACAUUUUUCGGAGCUACUAGAAUCUUAUUUUAGCCAACUAGAGAAAUCUAUAGAAGACAACAUCCCAGAAUACUCAUCAAAAUUAACUAAUUAUUACAGGGAAACGUCAGUACGAGUUUUACUCCCAGUAUUAAAAUUUCAAAUCAUUAAUUCAAAUAAAACAAUUAAUUCUCAUGAACCUGAAGAUCUGGUUUUAAAUAUCUGGAGAUUUCUGAAGAACCCUCUCAUAAAUCAAGAAGACAUCUACGAAAUUAUAAAAAACAAAUUUCACUCUACUGAUUUCGAACUGGUUGACUACGACAUGAAACAGUUAAACAGCAAUGGCGGUCAUCUAGGACAGUAUUUUAAUUUAAGUAUUACAGUUAAUCUUAACGGGGAAACUCAGUCAUUACAGCUUUUUGUAAAACUUAUAAUUCCCCAUAAUGAGUUUUUAAGAGCAAUUGUCGAAAAUGGUCCAACCGAGAAAGAACAUUUCUUCUACAAUACUCUUCUACCCUUGUAUAAUGAACACGGUUUGGAAGGUUUAUCAGAUUUCGCUCCACAGUGCUUUCUGAGCAGAGAAAACUGGAUGUUAGUAUUAGAAGAUCUGGCAAAGGAAGGGUUUCGUUGUUUAGAACUUAACCAAAACUUAGACUAUUCUCGUCUAAAGGCGAUAGUGUCAUUGCUAGCUAAGUAUGCAGCCUCUACAUUAAUUUUAGAAGAAACUUUAACCAGGAAGAAUGGAGAAAAAGUUCGUAUGGAUAAACUGUUUCCAGGAAAAUUCAGGGAAACUAUAUACCUAAAUACUACAGAAACGCCAAUAGGAAAAUUUUUCAAUGGUAAUAGAGUUGCUAUACAUUACCUUUUAGAACGGUCCCCAGAAAUUACUGAAAAAACUGGUUUGGGUCAUGAAGAAAUUAUUCGUAGAACCGAUGAACUGUACGAGUCGGUUUAUAAGAAGAUUUUAACCUCUGAUAAGUUUAGAAAUGUCAUAACUCACGGGGACGUGCAUCUAGGAAAUAUGAUGUUCUCUUCCGAUGAAAACGAUAUCGUUUCCAAAGCUAUCUUAGUAGAUUUCCAAGUUUUACGUUACGUACCUCCAGUUUUUGAGCUAUUGUUUUUUAUUUACACUUGUUCGUCAAGAGACACUAGAUUAAAAUACAUCGAUCAGCUUGUCGACGAUUAUUAUCAGGACAUUAGCAAAUAUUUAAGAGAUUUUCAAUACGACCCGGAAGAAGUUUUUUCAAGAGAUGAGUUUAAUGAAAGUAUAGAAUAUAUUAAAUCAGCUGUCUUAUCAGCUACGUGUAUAUUAUCUCAUAUGGCAAAAAUGAGCACAAAAAGUAGAGAGGAAAUGUUGUUCGAUCCAGAGAAGUUUGAUUACUACGUUAAGGAUAAUAGAAAAGCCAUGAUAGAUUUGCUUUGGAGUGACGAGUAUUAUAAGGGAUGUAUGAAAGACCUUGCUCAUGAUAUCGCGGAUUAUAUUACUAACUCCUGUUAAAGAUACUAUAAGAACUUUGUAAAAACUUUUUAAUUAAAAUGGAUCUCUUAAAAAAA